CGACCGUGUGUGUGUGUGUGUGUCUGCCAUCGCACUGACGACAUGUGGAAGGUCAAACCUCCAGCUGUUUUUCCUAUGGAGACGAGGUACCGGCCGAUUUUAGAGAGUUUGGUUCCCCCUGAUCCCAUGUCCCAGUUCCACCUGAAGAGGGGUUCCCCCGAGGAGGAGUUUCCUGACCUGUGUAGAAACUGCACCUGGAUGGGACGGAUCCUCACCCCGGCCAUGUACCGCCGACAGUUCAACCGCUGCACCCACAGCGGAGUCAUCUUCGACGACGUCAUCCGCCCGGGCCUGGAGGAUCCAGGUGAGUGGUCAGGUCCUGUGUCUGUGGGGUGUGUCGCGGGCGACGCCCAGUCCUACAUCCUGUUCUGUGACUUCUUCGAUCGAGUCAUCGAGGCGUAUCACGAACACAAGAUCACCAGCCAGACGCCAGAGAGCGACUUCAACCACGAUAACCUGAAGGGGGGUGAUGACUUGGACAGGUCGUAUGCUGAACACUGUGAGGUGAGCGUUGUUCGAGGCGUUGAAGACUUCUGCUUCCCGACACACUGCAGCCGGGGAGAGCGCAGACAGCUCCUCACACUGGCCAGGAGAGCUCUGCAGCAGCUGGAGGAGGAGGAGCUGCCGGGUCGACUCCUUUUAUUGGAGGAGCUGAACCAGGAGCAGCAGAGGGAGCUGAACCUGAACCCUCCGUCAUCCUCCCAGCUCCGGACUGGCGUGGCCCGCGACUGGCCUGAUGCCAGGGCUGUCUGGGUCAGUAAAGACGGCAGCCUUGUGGUCUGGGUCAACAUGGAAGACCACCUCAGACUGGUGUCUACACGAGACGAUGCCAACAUCGCAGAGGCGUUUAAACACAUCUGCAUCCACCUGCAGAAGCUGGAGGCGUACUACAGACGGCUCAGACACCCGUUCAUCUGGAAGCAGCAGCUGGGAUGGGUGACGAGCUCUCCGGCCGACGUGGGGACGGGUCUGAGGAUCAGCGUCCGCCUCAAACUGCAACACCUUCCCAAGCACAGACGCCUCCAGGACAUCCUGAGGAGACUGAGGAUCCGCAUGGACAAAACAGAAUCCUCUGUGCUGUAUCUUGUGAGCAACGCGGUGACCUUCGGCCCGAGCGAGGUGGCACUGACCCAGCUGGUGGUGGACGGGGUCAAGCUGCUCAUCGCCAUGGAGAAGAGGCUGGAGACCAACGGAGAUAUCGAUGAGCUUGUUCCUACACAGAAGUAGAUCUGGAUGAUGAUUGGCUGGAAUGAGAUGGCUGGUUGACCAAUAGGAUGGAAGUGUGUAACUGGAGUUACU